AUGACGGGCAGCUACAGCCACGGCGGCGACGAGACGGCCCGCGAGUACUUUCACCACUCCUCUGGCCAGCGCGUCAACACCGAUAUCGUGCUUGUCGAAGCCCUUCGCAGCCAGUACCGCAAUCUCGAUCUCGUCAUUGUGCCCGAUCGCGGUGCCAGCCUCCUCACAUACGCCUCCGCCGGCCAUGCCUCGAUCACGCCACUCGAAGACCCCGUCAAAGAUCCUGUAUACAGCGGAGCCAUAAAAUGGCGCCAGUACAUUCCGCCAUCGCGGAGAUUGGACCCCAGCCCGGGCGCGUAUGCCGAGCACGUUGUGUUUGGCAAAUACCUAUACAAGUGGAAUGACCAAGAGCUCAUCCUAUACGUUGCCAAUGGCAGGGAUGGACAGAGCUCGUAUCCUACGAUAACGAACCAAUACAUCCUCACACGGGAUACCCACAGGGUCGACGAGUUGAUCAAGGAGGCGACACUGUGGGCCCAAGAACUUCACAACGAAGUCUGGGUGUUCGACCAAGGCUACUGGCAAAAGAGCCAUGAGCUCUGGCAGUCUGUGCAGAAGAGCCGUUGGGAAGAUGUUAUACUUGAGGAGGGGAUGAAGAAGCAGAUUAUUAGUGAUGUGGAAAACUUCUUCGACGGACGAGAGACGUACCAGAAUCUGAAGGUUCCUUGGAAGCGAGGAAUCAUCUACUAUGGCCCACCUGGAAACGGCAAGACUAUCAGCAUCAAAGCUAUGAUGCACAGUCUUUACCAGCGCGGCAUCAACGGUAACAAGAAGCUAUCUGUGCCGACCCUCUACGUGCGCAGUCUCUCCUCCAUUGCAGGCCCAGAAUACGCUCUGCAAGCCAUCUUUAACAAAGCCCGUGCAGUCGCUCCCUGCUACCUCGUAUUCGAAGACCUGGACUCUAUCGUUAAUGAUCGCGUUCGCUCAUACUUCCUUAACGAAGUAGAUGGCCUCAAGUCGAACGACGGUAUUCUGAUGGUUGGCUCAACGAAUCACCUUGAUCGCCUGGACCCGGGUAUCUCGAAGCGACCCAGCAGGUUCGACCGGAAGUACUACUUCCCAGAUCCCGACUACGAACAGCGGGUUCAGUACGCAAAGUACUGGCAGGGCAAGCUGAAGGAUAAUGACGCUGUUGAGUUCCCAGAUGACUUGUGUCCCGCCAUCGCGAAGAUCACCGACAAAUUCUCUUUUGCAUACAUGCAGGAAGCCUUCGUCGCUAGCUUGCUUGUGAUCGCCGCGGGAGGUAACAAGGAUGAGGAGAACCAGCACAUCGCGAAUAACGACCUGCAAGCUCUGCACAGGGCUUUGGCACAAACACUGGGGCACACUGAUCUGGACGAUCUUGUUCUGUGGAAGGAGAUCCAAAAGCAGGUUAAGACCUUGCGCGAGGAAAUGGACGAGAAGAGCGCACAGUCCCAGACUCCUGCUAUGCCGGCACCGCCGCAAGCUCCUCCUGCGCCAGCACAGACUCUAUACCAGUCUAGUCAGGCAGCAGAACAAUUAAGUGAACCAAUACCUCGACGUCAAGCGCGCAGUUACCAGGACGAGUUGGAUGCGAUGAUACAUGAUCCUCUUAGGGUCUCUGCCGAACGUUUGAACGAGGCGCUUCGUCGAUUUGGGAUUUAG